AUGCCACCCGAGAGACCUCUCCCUUACACUGGGAACUUUGAAUCUCCGGACGCCUAUAUCAAGGAGCUGCUUAAUUUUGUCACAACGUCAGAUAUCUUCCGCAUAUUAUGCGGUGGUGUUCACAUCCUCGAUUUCUUCACCAUCGAGCCCGGCACGUUCUAUGCCGCCCUGCCAGAAGAAUGGCACGCAUUCUUACUCUCCUGCGACAUCAUGCGUUUCCUAGAUCUUCUCGUGAGGGAAGACCUGGACACGUUCGUACACGAGGGAGAGCACCAACCUCCCGAGUCACUGAUUGCAUACAUCCGAAAGGUGCGUGAGCUGUCACUCGACCGAAAGUUCGCUCCCAAGGAGAAGCAACUCCCGGAAUUACCCCGGAUCGUGGCGGUUGGGAUGAAACCAAAGAAGAUCCACGAGGUCUGCAGCUUUGCCGACUACGUUACGCAGCUGUCCAGUGAUAUCAAGGGCCAGGUCGGUGGCGAGAUCACCCACUUUGUGGAUUUCGGCAGCGGCCAGAACUACCUGGGCAGAGCACUGGCCAGCGAACCCUACAACCGGCAUGUGGUCGCGGUAGAAGGAAGAGACCACAACGUCAGCUCUGCCAAGGAGCUCGACAUGAUGUCAGGGGUGGCGCUGAAGCCCCAAAUGCAGAGGAACAAGAAGCUCUGGAAGCAGAUCAAGGCCGUUGUUGGGCCGGACGGUCUCAAGGACCGGGCCCUCGUGGAUAAAGCGAUUGAGCAGGUGGCAGGGACUUCUGAUAUUGAAUUCAGGCCGAUGAGCCAGAUCGAAGGAACAUACGAAUACCAAGAUGGCAAAGGACAUGUCCAGUAUAUCUCUGGAAGGCUGGACAGUGGGGAUCUGGCCGAGGUCAUUUCAGAGAUCGACAAAAACAGAGUGGUGGAAGAGGAGAAAAAGCGCGAGUUGAAGCUCAUGGCGGUCUCCAUCCACUCGUGUGGUAACCUAUCGCACUUUGGGAUCCGGUCUCUUCUAAUGAACCCUGAUAUCCGGGCAGUGGCUAUCGUGGGAUGCUGCUACAACCUACUCACAGAGAAGCUUGGCCCCCCAACCUACAAGCAGCCCUAUCUACGGCCGACACUACAGGCAGUCAACGGCAGAGUAGUGAGGGAGUCGGCGAAAUUCGAUCCCCAGGGCUUCCCGAUGAGCAACCGAUUUUCCACCCACGACGGAGACGGGAUCCGCCUGAACAUCACAGCCCGGAUGAUGGCCUGCCAAGCGCUGGAAAACUGGACACGAACCGAGAGCGAGGGGUUCUUCACCCGGCACUUCUUCCGAGCAGUCCUGCAGAAACUCUUUCUGGACCGCGGCGUGGUGGACAAGAUCCGACACCGCACGCCAGCCCCCGGAGAGGAGACGGACGGCGCCGCAGAGAGCCCGUUCGACGUCAGCACGAACCCCGUCAUCAUCGGCUCCGUGAAGAAGAGCGCCUACAACUCGUUCAAGAGCUACGUGCACUGCGCGGUGGAGAAGCUGUCGACGAACACUGAUUUCAAGGAGUACAAUGACCAGCUGAAAAAUAGCAUGGACGCGCUGACGGACGAGGAGAUCGAGCGAUACGAGAGGGAGUUCGAGCCGCGAAAGAAGGAGCUCGCCAUCGUGUGGAGUUUGAUGGCCUUCAGUGCCAUUGUGGUGGAAUCUCUGAUCGUGUCCGAUAGGUGGACGUUUCUCCAGGAGCACAGCGACGUAGUCGACCAGUCAUGGGUUGAAACGGUGUUCGACUUCAAGCAGAGCCCGCGGAAUCUCGUGGUAGUAGGAAUCAAGAAGUAG